GGCGAGGCACACGUAGAGCAGCAGCCUCCACGGCAAUGAGCUACAGUCAGCACCGAUUUCAGUGGAGGGAUUAAUUCCACCGAGAUUUUUUUAUGGAUACAGGGAAAAGACAAAUGCUUCAUUGAUCCGGAAUGCUGCCUGAAAGACAGCCGGUACCCGGCGAGAUCUGAUAAUUUAAUAACUGAGCUUGGAGUAUUAUUCCGAAGCAUGGUCACAGCGCUGCAUAUUGCAAUCACAUUCAUCACGCGUAACGGGUGCGUGCUACGGAGCGUUGCGGGCAGCUCGCGGGUUCCAUCCACGGGGGACGGGGACGGUACAGCACCCUCCUCAUCUUUGGGGCAGCUGAAAACGCACCAGCCUUUCCACGCCCGCGAGCAGCGCACCGCGUGCGUGACUGAAACACGCGGCGAGUGGUUAACGCGCCCUGUAGAGAGGCGGGGAAGCAGCGCAUCCAUUUUAUUUUUUUUUUUUUUUUUUUUUUUUUCAUUUUAUUUUCUGGAACCACGCUACACGCGGUCACGAGGAAACCCCGAAGUUAUUGCAGGUCUCCUGAAAUCUUUAAUACCGGUACGAGCCGUGGAUGUCGAAGGCCGAGGAUGGGCUGGCGCUGCGGGCGCAGAGCCCCCUGAGAGUUGCACGGGUUUAGCUCCGGCCGGUGGGCCACGCAAGAGGAGCGCAGACACGGGGCUGUGCGCGGCGUAAGAACAAAGUGAGCAGCUGCACCUUUACCAAAGCAACCACCUGCGUUCCUCCUCUCCUCUGGAAUGGACAAUGGGAUGGUCUCUGACUUUAUCAUGAUCAAAAACUUCUUCCUCUUCUGCGUUUCCAUGAGUUUGGCCAGCCACUUCGGCUUCUCACAAACGCCAACAGCCUCGGGAAAAGAGGACGCCAAUGAUAACAUCACUAUAUUCACCAGGAUCUUGGACGGUCUGCUGGACGGCUACGACAACCGACUGCGCCCGGGGCUGGGAGAGAGAAUAACUCAGGUGAAAACAGACAUCUAUGUUACCAGUUUUGGUCCCGUGUCAGACACAGAAAUGGAAUACACCAUCGACGUUUUUUUCCGGCAAAGCUGGAAGGACGAAAGGCUGCGAUUCAAAGGACCUAUGCAACGCCUCCCUCUUAACAACCUGCUUGCCAGCAAGAUUUGGACCCCGGACACUUUUUUCCAUAACGGCAAGAAGUCUAUUGCCCACAACAUGACAACCCCAAACAAGCUUCUGCGCCUGGAGGAUGACGGCACUCUGCUGUAUACCAUGAGAUUGACCAUCUCUGCUGAAUGUCCCAUGCAGCUUGAAGAUUUCCCCAUGGAUGCACAUGCUUGCCCAUUAAAAUUUGGAAGCUACGCUUACCCCAAUUCUGAAGUGAUCUAUGUGUGGACUAACAGCACCACAACGUCCGUGGUGGUGGCCGAGGAUGGCUCACGACUUAACCAGUACCACCUGAUGGGACAAACUGUAGGAACUGAAAACAUCAGUACCAGUACAGGCGAAUAUACUAUUAUGACGGCCCAUUUUCAUCUGAAAAGAAAAAUCGGUUAUUUUGUCAUCCAGACGUACCUUCCUUGCAUUAUGACUGUGAUCUUAUCGCAAGUGUCAUUUUGGCUAAACAGGGAAUCUGUCCCUGCGAGGACUGUCUUUGGAGUAACAACAGUCCUCACCAUGACCACCUUAAGUAUCAGUGCCCGUAACUCUUUGCCAAAAGUGGCCUAUGCUACUGCAAUGGACUGGUUCAUAGCUGUCUGCUACGCCUUUGUAUUUUCUGCAUUGAUUGAAUUUGCAACAGUCAACUAUUUCACCAAGAGGAGUUGGGCAUGGGAUGGCAAAAAAGCCCUGGAAGCUGCUAAAAUCAAGAAAAAAGAGCGUGAAUUGCUGGGAAAUAAAUCAACCAAUACUUACAGCACUGGGAAGAUGACCCCCGCACCAAACAUGCCAAAGGACUCAGCUCCAGCUGUCAUCUCAAACACCGCAUCUGCUCCAGCGAAGGCUGCAGAAGAAAAACCUGCUGAAAGCAAAAAGACUUACAACAGCAUCAGUAAGAUUGACAAAAUGUCCCGGAUAAUUUUUCCAAUACUGUUUGGAACUUUUAACUUAGUUUACUGGGCCACGUAUUUGAAUAGGGAGCCUGUUAUUAAAGGUGCCAGUUCUCCAAAAUAAACUGAAGGACUCUAAAGCCACAUGUGAGCCAUACUUACAAAGCAGAUGCUACCAAGGAAAAUUUGAGAUCCAGACGACUUUCUACAUUUGGGCAAUAUUCUUCAGGAAGUUUUUUUGCAUGUUUAAUAAUAUGUACAAAUAAUAUUGCCUUGAUUGUUUCUACAUGUAACCUCAGAUAUUUCGGAGACGAUUAUAUUACUUACAGCAACAGAUCUUUAUGAAAGAUCAGAAGACAUUGAACAUGGCUUCUUUGCUGCUGAGUAUCUUGCAUUGAUAGUUUACAAAUAAAAUAAGUUAUAUUUUUUAACUGUUCAAGUGUACUACAUAUCGUGGUUUUUAUACUUCAGAGGUACAGUCAUACAAAUAUAGGCUUAACCUAUAUUUUACAGAAGAGCUCCACUAUUGUCAUCUGAUAAGUUACUGAGUAACGCCAGUUGUAAAUGUGCCAAAUUUUCAAGUGUAGGGCUACGUUUGAGCACCUUUACUGGUUAUAGGCAGAGCAUUACUCCACAGAUAAAACUGCUCAGCCCAAUUUUCAUUGGAAGUUAAUACAGUGCAGUAAACCCUAAUGGGGCUAUGCUGAUUUUCACUGCUUGGGCCUCUAGCUUGCAGUGUAGUAACAUAGGGAGCAGGAUGCUACUUGUGUAAAUAAAGGUGGUGGAAUCUUGUCCUUAAAAGAAAAUACGAAUUUGGUUUGGAUUCUGCAUCCCAUGGAAAUUUCUCAAAUUAUUCUCAGUAUUUAUUCCAAAAAUUAGAGAUAUAAUGCAUGGAAUUAACAUAGAUUAGGAACAUACUUGUGCAAAUAAAACUUUUAAGAAAAGCAGAAGGCAUUUUUACUAGGGUAAAGUAAAUGAUGUUUGGACAUUUUCCCAAGAAGAAGAUUGCAUUGUAUGAGCAGAGAUUAACAGUCAAGAAUUACAAUAUAUCUGCAAAAAUUAUCACUUGUUUCCCACCGUGAAAACCCAACCAGCCAACACUGAAAAGUGUGAUCAGAAAAAAAGACGUGCUUCGUGACAGCAAGGUGUUUCAGUGACAAUAUUGACAGAAAGGUCUUUGUACUGUCCAUCUGAAACUUUUCUAUCAAACUCCUUGCUGCUGCCAAUGUGUUUUGCUUUCACAAUGAAUGAGAAACUGCAGUCUGAGUUUUCAGCUCUUUCCUCCUUGGCAUCCUUUCCUUGUUCCAGAAGCUUUUGUAAUUUAAUGUUUAAAUAAAAAAUGCAUUCCACA